UAUGACGUCAUAGUAUCACUGAGAAAUCGCGUUGCUAACCUCGGCAAGUAUCGACUUGUGCUAGAACAUUGUGCAUUUGGAGAAUAUUCGGCCGAAGUGAGUUUUUCACUUUAAAAAGUGUCGAUGAAGGCUUCAGAAAAGCGACUGGAAUGGAAGGUCGGCCUUCAGAACCCAGUGGAUAAGUUCCUUACAGCCGAGUCCUACGGUAACAAGGUCAAUGUAUCGGGGACAUCACUAAAAGGAAAACAAACCUGGGUUCUCGAGCUGAACAAAGAUGAGACGGUGUACAUUCGGAGUCCUCUCGGGCGUUAUCUUACAGCAGAUAAGUUCGGAAAUGUAGCUUGUUCCAGCGAGAGUCACGGAGAUGACGAGAAAUUCGUGGUGGUAUAUGCCAGUGAUGGGACUGGACGGUGGAGCUUUAAGCACACCAAGUAUGGGUACUUCCUGGGCGGAACAGACGAGGACAUCCAGUGUCUGGCUAAGACAGCAUCUGACGAGGAAAUGUCUCUCUGGUAUGUCCCAAUGGCGAUGCAUCCACAAAUUACUCUGUUCAACUUUAACCGGAAGCGGUAUGUAAAAUUGGACAAUGACGAAUUGCAAUGUACUCAGUUGACCCCAUGGGGACCUGAAGCCCUAAUAACGCUGGAGUUUAAAUGUGGAAAAUAUGCAUUUAAAACAGCCGACUCGCGUUAUCUUACACAUACGGGUCAUUUGACAAAUGAACAUGGUAAGAACACCAAAUUUUCCAUGGAGUUAAAGCUCAGUGCUGACUCGGGUUUGGCGGGACUGGCAUUCAAAGACUGCGAGGGGAAAUAUCUAACUGCAUACGGAGGAUCGGGGGUCCUUAAAACCCGGAACAAGGUGGUCAGUCGGGACGAGCUCUUCUUCCUCGUGGAAAGUCAUCCACAAGUCAUCAUCGUCUCCAGUAAUGGCAAGCAAGCGUCUAUCCGACAAGGAUCGGAGGUGAUGGCUUCCCAGGCGGAGACUGGGGACAAGGAGAUAUUCCAGAUUGAGUUCAUUAAGAAAAUCAAGAAGUGGUCCAUAUACACCGCCGAUGGCAAAUACUGGCGGGUGGAUGACAACGGAUCCAUCAUUGCUGACGCCACAUCCGCUGACGAGAAAUGCCAAUUCGACCUCGCAUGGCAGAAAGAUGGAACAGCCGUGAUUAAAGCCAGUAAUCAGAAGUAUCUACUUCACCGCGGGACAGGGGCGCUAAUCGCCACCAGUGACGUCAUUGAUAAAAAAGAGAAAUUCGUCUUACGAGUUGUAAACCGCCCAAUUCUAGUGUUGAAGGGAGAAAAUGGCUACCUUUCAAUGGUGACUUCCGGUUCUAGGACAAUGAAGUAUGAUUGCAACAAGUCUACUUAUGACGUACUCGAGCUGGAGCGAGGGCCGGGAGCGGCUUACUUCGUAAAGGGCGAAAAUGGCAAAUACUGGACACUUGGUCCAGACGACUCCGUCCAGGCAGAUGGAACCACACCCACUCCGUUUAUUUUUGAGUUCAACGGUGGUUCUGAAAUAACUAUCCGGGCUCCAAACGAUAUGUACCUGAGGGGAGAAAAAAGUGGAGGAUUCGUCGCGAAUUCUCCAGAACCAAGGAAAUGUGCUUUACGAUUCUGAAUUAUUUUGUACUGGUUUGUCACCCUUGCUCAUUCGUUAAACCAAUAAAGUUUACACAA